AUGGUCGACGCCGAUACCGAGGUGUACCCAGACUCGCUGACUCGGCUGGUUGCCUGCAUGGUGCACGACGCCAAGGUCAUCGGCAUCUGUGGUGAGACACAGCUGACAAACGAGGACUUUUCGUGGACAACCAUGAUCCAGGUCUACGAGUACUUCAUUUCGCACCACAUGGCCAAGGCGUUCGAGUCGCUAUUUGGCUCGGUCACCUGCCUUCCUGGCUGCUUCUGCAUGUACCGUCUGCGCACGCAGCGGGGGUCCCCGCUUAUCAUCUCCAAGAACGUCAUCGACGACUACGCCGAAAACCACGUCGACACGCUGCACAAAAAGAACCUGCUGUCGCUUGGCGAGGAUCGGUACCUGACCACCCUGAUGAUGAAGUACUUCCCGCAGUACAAGAUGACGUUCACCGCCGAUGCAAAAUGCAAGACCACAGCCCCAGACACGUGGUCGGUGCUUCUUUCGCAGCGCCGUCGCUGGAUUAACUCGACAGUGCACAACCUGGUUGAGCUCGUGUUCCUGCCUGAAAUGUGCGGCUUCUGCUGCUUCUCGAUGCGGUUUGUCGUGUUCAUCGAUCUGUUUGGUACCCUGACCAUGCCCUGCACGCUGUUCUACCUUGCGUAUCUGAUCUACGUCGGCGUGUCAAAGAUCAGCGACAUCGGCUACAUCUCGCUUGUCCUCAUUGGCGCCAUCUACGGCCUGCAGGCCGUCAUCUUCAUCUUGAAGCGUCAGUGGCAGCACAUUGGCUGGAUGAUCAUCUAUCUGUUUGCCUACCCGCUGUGGUCGUUCUUCAUCCCAGUCUACGCCUUCUGGCACAUGGACGACUUUUCCUGGGGCAACACACGCAUUGUCGUUGGCGAGGACGGAAAGCGCCAGAUCUUUGUCAAGGACGAAGAGCCAUUUGACCCAAGCGAGAUACCGAUGAAAACCUGGGCCGAAUAUGAGAGUGAGAUAUUUGAGCGCCAGCGCCAGAUGCAGGAUCUCGAGGCGGUUGCACAGGCUAUCGACGAGUUCGGAAUGGGCGGAGUGAGGCCCGUCAGCCGCUUCACCCAAGUCACUGGGCUGGGCGGACAGACGGCGAUGGACAAGGCGCAGUCGGUGAUGGGCCAGAGCUUUGAGAACCAGGCCAUUCAGAUGCAGAUGCCUCGACUUGGCACGCCCGUGCAGUACUCGUACUACAGUAGCAGUAUGCCCUCGCCACAGCAGGCCGCAACAUCCAACCACAAUCUGCUGCAGAUGUCGGGCUCGCAGAUGCCGUCUGACGAAGCCAUUGCUGCCACCAUCUCCAACAUCCUCGACAGCUCGGACCUGUCUACCAUCACUAUGAAGCAGGUGCGCGACGAGCUGUCGCGGAUCUUUGGCGUUGACCUGUCGUCACGCCGCGAAUUCAUCCAGUCGACAAUCCAGUCCAUGAUCCAGAGCCGGGUGUAGAUGCUGGGUGGGCGCGCGUUUUUCACUUGCACACAUUUUCCCUCCAUACAUUAGACACUCUUCAUUGCUCAUAAUCCACACAUCGCC